AAUGCAGAAGUUGUCACUUUUUUUAUAUUAGUGGUUAGUGGAAAAAUCAGAGAUACACACUCAAUAUCAUCCUACAAGUAUUAUCACAGCUGUAAAGCUGUGGUAUUCUUUUACAAUACACACAAACUAGUGAGUAUUUAAAUUGGCAUUUUUAUAUUUCAUAUUGUCUUGGAUACAUAGGAACUACACCAGGCAAUCUGGAAUAAUGAAAAAGAAGUGUGCCUUGUGUAAAAAUCUCUUAUGUCUCCAUAAAAAGCUCACAAAUCUUCAGAUGGUCAAAACAUAAACUACACAGCAAAAAAAAACCCACCAAAUUUGUUGUAGAAUUAGAACUUUCACCUAGAGACUUAAUGCCCUUUAACUUCUGCUCCAUGCUUCCCUAUUCUUGGUACCACUGAAAAUGGGAGAAAAGAAAAUUUGCUUUCAUUUAUUAAUAGAGAAGAGUCAGUACGACAUCUAGUGGCUGAACGACUACCAAAAGAUUGUGGACAACUAGAAAUCAAUUAAUGAAUGCUGUUAGAAUCAAACACAGUGAAAUUUUUGGGGUGUACAUACAUAAUCUCCUGGAACCCAUGUAUCAGCUCAGAAUAUGACACUGAGAAUUCAGUGUUGACCUUCUUGUGUUUUAAAGGAACAGAAGUGUCUUCUUGGCCUGUGACAUGUAAGAGUCAGGAAUGAGCUUUGACUUUGUUCACUUGAUUAUAUUUGGAUGAUAAAACGUUUUACUGAGAGAGUGAAACUGGGAAAUUUUUCACUGAGAGACUGGUGAGGUGCUGGCACAGGCUGCCCGGAGAAGUUGUGGGUGCUCUGUCCCUGAAGACAUUCAAGACCAGGGUGAAUGAGGCUCUGGGCAACCUGAUCUAGUGCCUGAUUUAGUGGCUGGCAACCUUGCCCACAGAAGGGGAUUGGAAAUAGAUGAUCUUUGAGGUCUUUUCCAACCCAAGCCAUUCUGUGAUUCAAUACAUAUGUAAAACUGAUAUAUGCUGUUGAAAAAUUAUGCUUGAACAACCACACGCUCCUGAUCCUUGAGAGUGUCAGAAAUAGAGCUAUUUCACAAUUUUUUUCUAGUCUUUACAGAUCUCAGUCUCUGGAAAGUUAUGAAGCAAUAUUCCUUUCAAAAUAUGUGAAACAGAAGAUCUCAAGGAACAGAGAGUAUGGAUUUAGGGGAUAACAUUCAUCUCCAGCCACACUAUGAGCAAUGGGAGAACACCAGAUGCUGCUCUCUUGAGUUGAGAAAGGCCUUUGACACAUAUUCAGUUUGUGAUAUACAGAUAAGUGGACAGUGAGUGGAAAAACAGUGGGAUGAAAAUUUAUGACAGAUCAAGAGAUUGUGAUCAGCACACAAACUUCAGCUCACAUUAAAUUACCAGUGACAUCAUUUGGCACCUAAUGUUGAUACUAAAACUUAUGAGCAUCCUUAUGAAUGACCUUGGAAAUGGAACAGAUUAUUAUAUAAAGAAAUUUUCAGACAUAAAUCCAAGAAGAGAUUAUUGACCCAUGGGAGUGCAGGGCUGCUAUUUUGCAUUACAACAGAACAGUGAUAUCAACAAGGUUCAACCCAAUGCAUGUGCAAAGUGUUGCAUCUGUGUUGGAAAAUUCCCAUUCAACAAUACAGCCUAGAGAUCAACUCAGUACAAAGCAGCUUUGCUACAAAGACUGUAGGUUUUGGUGGACACUGAGGUGAGUUUGAGUCAGUAGUGUGCUUUGUGACAAAGAAGGACAACUGCUGACUUACUGGAGCAAAAGCAGGGAAACGCCACCAAAAGCGCAGGAUGUUUGAGGGAGAGGACAAGAUCUCAUAUUUCUGUUUACAGGAAUCUGUACGAAAGGUAGAGAAAACUGAUGGAGCCAGAUCUUUUCAAAGGACCAUAGGAAUAGGAUAAAAAAAAAAUGCAAGUGAUAACUUAGAAUAUGGGAAAUUUCUAUUAGAAAUUUGGAGAAAGAUUUCACUGAUAGGUGGUCAAAUGUUAUCCCUAAAAGCCGUGGAAGCUUGAAAAACAUGCAGCCUUCAUAUUCUAAAACUACUGAAAAACUUAUGAGACUUCUACAGACAUGGUAUCAGUUGGGAACCUGCUUUUUGACAUCAGGAAUAGGUAAUGAUAAAAAAAUAUUGGAGUAUAAUGUAAUGCUCAGCUAAGAAUUAUUGUAACUCACAUGCAGAGAUAGCAGAAGCAAACUUAAAAAUACUGACAGUUAGAAGAAAGAACAAUCUUAGUCUGUGGUUACAAGAGCUGAAUGUGUUUCUCUAUAUCAAAGAAUCGGAUUCACAGUUUCAGUUAGUACCUUCAUAAUGUGUGGUGGAUGGAAAAGGGUAAUCAGCCAGGGCUGACUCAUUGGUGGAGCUUCACAGAAAAAUCUAUUUUUAAUAUCAGUGUGAACUUCCAUUUUCAUCAUGGCAUUUUCACCAUGGCACACUGAGCUGUGGUUAUUUUCACAGCUGAGCUACUUCGCUAUUGCAAACCUAUUACUUCUCCAUUAAAAACUGUAUUGAAAAACUGUAAACCUGAUUCUGCAUACGUUCACAAAACACAACAUUAGCUGAAAAGCACAGCUUUCCACAAUGCAGCUGAAAGUUCAGAAACUUCAGGGUAUUUCAAAAGCAAAUGAAUAUGGGAACAACUCAUGGAAAAUAUUGUUGUAAAUAGUAAAUAAAACAGAAUGGCCACUGUCAAGUCUUAUCCUGUCAAAUUAAAUAGCUGAUGACAUUUAACUUUACCAGUUUCUUGUCUGCUAAAUUGCUUUCAGUCUUGUGUAAAAUCAUUAUCAGUAUAAAUUGUAAAAUAUGAAAUAGUUACAGUAUAUGCUUUCUUUUAAGUUUUAACAUCAAGCACUGAGCCUUAAGAACAAUUAACACCGUGAAAUAUUGUGUAUGCAUUUAAAGGUAGUUACAGUGGGUCAGAUUCUCAGCUGACUUUCCUAGAGUUCUGAUUUUCAUUGCCUAAUGGUCUGAUUGUGUUUAUAUUGUCUUAAUCUCUGAUGAGAAAAACAAAUACGGUGAGACAGUAAAACUGUCCAGGGUUUCUCAGCUUCACCUCAGCAACAAAACCUGCAAAAUGCCAGCUCUGUGGAAUCCCUCCUUGUUUAAUGUAACAUGUCCCUCUCACUUUUACAGUGACAUCUCCUGUCAUUACUGGGAAAUUCUGUAAAAAGCGUAAAAAGAAAUAAAAAUAAAAAUAUGGCAGCUGUCACCAGACACGUUUCCGAAGAUGAACAGCGUAAUUCGAGAAACAAAGGAAAUCCCAACUGUAUGAAUUUGUUUCUGUUGCCAUCAAAAAGGCUUCAUUUAGAAGUAGAUGGAGCCAUCAGUCAGUACGUAUCAGAUAAACUAUUGGUGUGAAGUAAACAGUAGCAGACACUCAUUAUUCAGGAACAGCACUUAAACAGGAAGCUCAGCUCUCAGAAAUCCUCUGUGUAACCACAGCUCCAACAGGUGAGCAUUUGGCUUAAAAUCAGCCAGCUGUUGGCAUGGGGCUUGCUUAGGGGUGAAUGAUCCUUUCAGAGGAAUGGAACUGUGAGAUGUUUUGUGUCUUGAAACCUUGCAUCAUUUCACCCCCAGAGGGGACAUCGGGUCAGAAAGAACAGCUCUGAAAUCAGGACAGUCUUGUACAGGAGCAGAUUUUCCCUUUUCCUGCAGAUUGUAAUUUGUCAGUCUUUGUGGUUUUUUAUAUCUUUUUGCAGUGUAUCAGCUUUAUUGUUUAUCUCUUAGCACACUCUCAUCCUCAAACGGCUGCUGAGGGGGGACGGAAGUUGUAGCAGAGAUAGAAGCUGCUAGUGUGCACACUCCUGAAGCUCCAUCCUGCUUUCAUCACACGUCUCAGAACAGAGUCCCGCCACAAACCUUCAUCAGAAGAGCAGAAGAAGAGGUGUUUCCAUCAAAAACAAACGAAGACAUCACCUCAAGCCCUCCCCUCCUGUAAAGGCUGUGAGAGAGAAUCCCCUCUGCUCAGACACAGCCCAUCUCGCCUCAUCUGCAGGCAGGGCCCUGAGAGCACUCUCCAAGCCAGGUAACCCCAGCCCACAAGCCAGAGCUUGUGUCCAGGCUGCUGCCUUCUAACCCAACUGGGAUGCACCCGCCGCCUGCCAUGCUCCACUGCCCCAAGCAGGAAGGGGAGGUGCUGCGCAGGCUCCUGGUGGGUAGGGUGCGUCUCUAAAAUGCUUCCUUUAGAAAAGUCCGUGUUCAGAAAUUGCUGUUACUUUUCCGAGCGAUACAAGCAAAAGUAAAAAUCUCACUUCUGUUUUUUCCAUUCUCCUCCCUGUGCUCAUCAGUUAAAAAAAAAAAAAACAAACCAACAAAACAAGAACAGAAAAAAAAAGUGAUAAUUCCACUCUUGCUUUUUCUGGAGGUUUCUCACUCUGAGCAGUUUUCGUAUUGACUCACUGCAAGAUUGAUGAGUUUCAGUGCUGAAUUCAGAAGGUUUGUGAGUGCAGCCUGUAAAUGCCUGCUGUUUGGAAGGUUACCUCUGCAUCACUGUCAACCUGCAUAAAUGGUUUUGAGACCUAUCAAGGUUCAGACAACUGCUUGCUAGAUCCUUUCUCUUCAUGAAUCCUGUGUGAAUUGUGGCACAAUGUAGUCACAUAGGAAAGAGACUGACAUUUCCCAAAAAGCCUUCCUGAAAGAGUUAUUUAUGGGAUGAUGGCAUACUUGUAAUGAGUUGUGGGUAGAGCAACUUCAUAUCUUAAUGUCAUUCUGGAGUAUUACUUGAAAUGCAAUAGCCUACUUCAUCCUGCUUGUUUCUACCACGGGAAGUUUCUGGCUGUAAAUUUUGGACAGGUGGCUUAUAACAGUAAGCUUUCAGUGUGACCAAGAAGAACUCAGUUUCAUUUUUUCUGGAGAAAAAGUGAGAAGUAACUCAAAGAAAUGACUCUCAUGUUUUUUUUCUUAAUUUUUAUCACCGAAACAGCCACAGAGAAGCUGUGCCCUCUUCGUGCCUCCAUUGAUGUACUAGAAGGGGAGUAUUUUUUCCUUUGUUUUCCUGAGUCAAAACGACAACAUUCUUGGAAAGAAGAAUACACAAUAAACUGGUACAAAGAAGGUGCUGGAAGGCAGAAGCAAAUAAAGGAAACACACAGAAUUGUAUCCCAAAUGAAUUUUCUGGAGUUUUGGCCAGCUGAACUUGGUGACUCUGGGAAUUAUUUUGUCACUCAAAGCAAUGGAAAACGAAAUUUCACAAUUCAGAAGUGGACCUUGAAUGUACUUGAAAGAAAUAAAAGCAGCUGCUUCAAUCAAAAUCAUUUAACAACUGAAAUUCAAAAUGCUGGAACUGGUUAUUCAUUGAAAUGCAGUGAUCUGUCUGUCAAUGAAAAUGACAGCAUAACAUGGUAUAAGGACUGUAAGAACUAUGAAAAUGAAAGCGGGCGGGAACUGGACUUUAAAACCUUAUCAGUUCAGCACUCUGGAAUAUAUACCUGCAAAAUUUCCAUCAGUCACCAAGGAAAGAUAUACCACAGCACGAAUACAAUUAGGCUGAUUGUAGAAGAAGAUGCACCAGAGACUGUAACUUUGGAGAUAGUUGGACGCGAUGAAGAAAUUCAAACUGAAAUAGGUAAAGAAGAGACACUCAACUGCACAGUUUUCUUGGGUUAUUACAUGCAAGAAGAUGUCAACCUCUACUGGUGUUUUAAUGAUACAUUUCCAAAGAAAUGUUCAGGUAUUCCCGAGGCUGACCCUCCAAUAUGUGAAGAAGAUUUAACAAAAUUACGUUUGGGAGACAAGUUUUAUAUCACAAGGUUUCUACGGAUUAAAAAAGUAAGAGAGGAGGACUUCCAUCACAAUUUCACCUGCAGAUUGCAAGCUGAUGAAAUAACGCACAUGAAAGUAGUGAAAUUGAAAAAAGGAAACACUCAAGAUUUGCCGCUGCAUGUAUUUACAACUGGAAUGAUACUUGCUGUACUCUUUCCAUGUGUUGCUCUGGCUGUGGUAGCUGUCUGUGUGAUGUUCAGAGUAGACUUAGUUCUAUUCUACAGGAACAUAAGCCAAAGAGAUGACACUGCUGGAGAUGGAAAAGAAUAUGAUGCUUUUGUAUCUUACCUGAAAGACUGUGUUUCUACUAGUAAAGAGGAGAGAGAAUUUGCUUUGAAGACAUUACCAAUGAUAUUAGAAGAAAACUUUGGGUAUAAGUUAUGUAUAUUUGAGAGAGAUGUAUCUCCUGGAGGAGCUGUUGUUGAUGAUAUCCAUUCACUCAUUGACAAAAGCCGAAGAUUAAUCAUUAUACUGAGCCAGAACUACAUUUCUGACAGAGCCAUAUAUGAACUUGAAAGUGGACUGCAUAAAGCUCUAGUAGAAAGGAAAAUGAAGAUUAUAUUAAUUGAAUAUAUGCCUAUAAGUGACUACGACUUCUUGCCAGAAUCACUGUCUCUUUUGCCAUCAAAGAGGGUUGUUCAGUGGAAAAAAGAUAAAUCUCUCCCAGUGAAUUCCAGAUUUUGGAAGACCCUUCGAUACCUAAUGCCUGCAAAACCUACCAAGUCAAACUCCAAAGGACACUGUAUGAAUCUAGAUCUAGGCUCAGAAGGGACUCAACCAUGGACUGGAGGCUGUGACUAUAAUACAGUCAUAUAGGAAUUCUAGAGGUGGAAGAUGCUGCAGAAAGCUGCCAGCUUCAAUAAAUUCGAAUAGAAAAGAUAAACUGAAAUUACUUUUGAGAGACAGUGCUCAUAACAGUCUGAGAUUUGGGAAUAAUGUUAGAAUCAUCACAUUUGUUAGAACCAUGUUAACUCCAGUACUAAAUUAUAUUCCAAAGGAUGUUUACUCAGCAGUCUGUACAAAGAGCUGAACACUUAUUCCACAACAACUUAAUUGUGUAACCUUUUGGUACUGCAUUUUCCUACCUGUAGAAUGACAUUAGUUAGGCAUACAUAUUACUGAUAUUUAGGUGCUUUGGGUUUUGUGUAUGGUUAUUUUCUAAGGAUCACGCUUGCAAGUAAGACUGAAUUGCUCCUUCUCUAGAAAGCUUGGCAGACAGGCUUUGAGCAGCACUGAGCAGAGAAGUGAAAACAGAGAAAGGCAGUAACAGAGGAGUCAGAUUUAAUCAGGCUGACUGUAUUCACUGCUGAGUAGUGCACCAUGGUAAAAGGAGACAAGGGAAAAUAGGGCUAUGCAUAUAUAAAUUAACAGCAAUUCUUAUUGCUCUUAGGUCCCAAACUGCUGACUUUAACCAAGGUUUAAACUGCCUGCUUUCUGUUUGCCAGUCUCUAGAGAAAUGAGGUUAUUAGUAAGGCUCUUAUAGAUUGUGGUUCUAUUGGUUUUCCUGAUGAUGUCUGUGUCAAUUCAUAUGUGAACUGACAUGAUUGUUGCUUUGAGAUCAUUUCAGUAAUUCCUUUAGCAUUUUUGUACCAUUCUUUUCACUUAAUAAAAAUUUAUUUCCCUCUGUGUACAA